ACUGAAGAGCCGGAGUGACAUUUUGUGCUUCCGGCGAACGCUCCCGGGUCCAAUGCAGUCGGCGAGGAUCUUGGUGAUCGAGCCCUUCUACGGCGGAUCACACAAGCAACUGCUGGACACAAUAUUCGAGGGCAUCAAUCCGGCUGAGUACAAUCUCUUCACACUGCCGGCAAAGAAGUGGCACUGGAGAGCCAGAACAAGUGCUCUCUACUUCUCUCAGAUCAUCCCUCUGGACCAUGACUACAGGAUUCUCUUCACUUGUUCUGUGCUGAAUCUGGCGGAAUUUCUGGGCAUCCGACCGGAUCUGGUGAAGUGCAAGAAGAUCGUGUAUUUCCACGAGAACCAAUUAGUCUAUCCCAUCCGGGAGAUUAAGGAGCGUGACUGCCAAUAUGGAUUAAACCAAAUCAUGUCAUGCUUGGCGGCCGAUGAUAUUGUCUUUAAUUCCUUCUUCAAUCGAUCAUCAUUCCUCGACAACAUCAAUCCUGUUCUCAAGAUUCAACCUGACUUGAAGCUCAAGGCGAUUCGCGAGAAGAUCGAGCCAAAAUGCGAAGUGAUCUACUUUCCUGUGAAAUUUCAUUGGAUGCCGCGGGAAAGAUGCCCGAAUGAGGAGGGGAUUCUGCACCUGGUGUGGCCACAUCGGUGGGAGCACGAUAAAAAUCCCCAACUGCUCACGGAGACGCUGAUAGAACUCAAUAAGCGCCAGGUGAACUUCAGAGCAUCGAUUCUUGGUGAAACUUUCCAGACCAUUCCGGACUGCUUCGAGGACAUCCAGUCGAAGUUGGGCGGGAAACUCGUUCACUUUGGCCACUUGGACCGCGAGCAGUACUUUAAGGCUCUCCUCGCCAGUGACAUAGUCAUCUCCACAGCUGGCCACGAAUUCUACGGAGUUUCCAUGCUGGAGGCCACGUACUGCGGUUGUAUGCCAAUUGCCCCGAAUAAACUAGUCUACCCGGAAAUCUAUCCAAAGGAGAAUCUCUACAACACAUCAAAUCAACUGAUCAAGAUGCUGUACAAUUGGUGCAAGAAUCCUGAACUCUUCCACCGGCAGCGGAGCAAGUUCUUCGAAAUGUUCUCAUUCGACAAGUACUCGUCGGCGCAAUUGAUACCAAAGUUCUAUGAUAAAUUCAAGCCAGUCAUUUCCACAUAGUCACGGAUUGUUGACUGAGGGAAAU